AGUAUAAAAAGUAGAUAUAUGUCGAGUGGAGACUUUACACUGCUGAGUUACAAUGGAAGUGUUUAAUGUAGUACCCUUAAUUUUGCAGACUAUUUUGACACUAUUAGGAAUAUUUAUUUCAUACCAUAUUGUUUUGUUUUUCAUCCAUUUUCAGCGAAUAAAACAGAGUUUUAAGGGAGCCAAAGGACCAGAAAAAUGUCAUUGGUUGUUCGGAAGCUUUGUUUUUUUUCCUGCUGAAAAUCACAAACGAUUGAUGUAUCUUGUUGAAAUGGCUAACACCUACGGGAGUGAACAAGGAUAUGUUUUACUCUGGGGCAUGUUUAAGAAGCCAAUUGUUGUGCCCUGUAGUCCAAAAGUGACAGCGAAAAUAUGCAAAAGCAAUGAACCCAAAGCAAAAGGACUUGGAGGUCCUUAUCGGUUCUUACGACCGUGGCUAGGUGAAGGAUUGCUUAUUGCCAAUGGAGAGAAAUGGGCGCGAAACAGACGUCUGCUAACUCCCGCCUUCCACUUCGAGAUUUUAAAGCCUUACAUCAAAGUUUUUAACCAGUCGGCUGAUACACUCGUGAAAAAACUUACAACAAAAGUUGAAGCUGGCGAAAGAUUUGAAGUUUUCCAGAAUGUAUGUUUAUGCACGUUGGAGAUCAUACUGAAAUGUGCAUUCUCGUACACUAAGGAUGUGCAGAACGCUGGAGAAACAAAUCCAUAUGUUAAAGCAGUGAACAGAUUAACAGACGCCGUAAUAUACAGAUUUAUGCACCCGAUAACGUUUUUCGAUACCGUUUGGAAUAUAUGUCCAGUGGGGCGACAAUCCAGGAAAGACUGUGAAUUUGUGCACUCCGUGGCGGAAGAAAUUAUCGACAAACGGAAAGAUACGCUGGAACAGACCAGAAAACCUACGAGUAGUCGGUACAUUGACUUUCUAGACAUUCUUCUAACCGCGAGGGAUGAGGAGGGCCGGGGACUCUCAAGACUGGAAAUCCGAAACGAAGUUGACACGUUUUUGUUUGAAGGUCAUGACACAACAGCUAGUGCCAUAUCAUGGAUCCUGUAUUCAUUAGCGGAAAAUCCCGAAUGUCAGCGGAAAUGUCAGGCGGAGAUUGACGAAGUACUCGAUGGUAGGGAAACCGAUGAUUUAGAAUGGUCAGAUUUAAAUCAAUUGGAGUACCUCACAAUGUGUAUCAAAGAAGGUAUGCGAUUACACGCUCCUGUGACAGGUGUGAGCCGGGAAAUAGAACAAGAUUUUGAUCUUGGCGGCAGAGUCGCCCCCAAAGGAACACUUUUCUUUAUUAAUAUUUGGGUAUUAAAUCAUAUGGAGAAUGUAUGGGGUCCAGAUCACAUGGAAUUCAAACCAGAACGAUUCUCAAAAGAAAAUAUCAACCAGAUUGACCAUUUCCAGUAUGUGCCGUUUUCAGCAGGACCAAGGAACUGUAUUGGACAGAACUUUGCAAUGAAUGAAGAAAAGGUUGUACUUUCAAAGUUAUUGAGAAAUUUGACAUUUAGACUGGAUCCAGACCAUGAAGUAGUAAAAAACAUUUCGGGCGUCAUGAGAACAAAAGACGGAAUGUUCAUGUUUGCUGAGAAACGGAAAUGCUGAAACGACAGUGAAACUUGCGACCAAAAUUGCCGAACCAAACAUAGAUUGACACAGUUUAAAAAUGUUUUACUGAAACAUACCGAUUUCGAAGUUUUUAGUCAGUAACUCCAAACUCACUGAAUGUUACUUUGUUGUAUACCACAGGAAAAUUACAAACUACAAACUAUUUUUGUGCAUUGGUUAUUAUUGUAAUAAUUUAUUGUAUUAUAAAUGGUAUUUAAAGUAUACACAUCUAUGUAUACAUGUUAAGUAUAUAUGAAAUAUUUUCAAAUUUUUGUAACUUCAAAACAUAACAAAAAGCAAGAAAAAGAACAACAACAACAAGCAAACAAACAAACAAAGCUUUUAAACUGAAGGUGUAAACAUGUGAUUUUUUUUGUGUUAUUUGUAUAAUUUAAUAAAGAAAUAAUUUCCAUAGCAAAGGAGUGUACGUUGGGCGUAAUAAUUUCACGAGGACUGCGCCCUCGUGAAAUUAUUUGUACGACGUAUUGCCGCCCGAGCUUUUAAAUAGUAUUAAAACACGGUUUCGCUAUUCUAAUAUGCCCCUAAUCUAAAACAAUAGAUAAAAUAUAGAACCGUUCUUUCUUUGUCGCAUCAAAAGCUUUGACGUCACCGCACGUUAACGAGACGUUAUUCUAGGGUAAGAUUGUUUUAAUGUGGGAGAAUUUGUGUCAUUUGCAUUAUUCUGUUAAUUACUCCUAAGAGUUAUUCGUCGGUGUGGGCGAAUUUAUGUUAUUUGCAUCGUUCUGUUAAUUACUGCUAAGAGAAAUUUGUUGGCCUCCGCGUCGGCUUCCCGGUUUGGUUAAGUUUUUGAACGUAAGCUGGUAUUUCAGUAACUACUUGUGGGAAUAGAUUAAAAUGUCACACACUAGUCUCGUUCACUGUGAUGAUCUGACAUGCAGUACAAAGGUUCAAUAACUCUACUUCGAACAUUUACAAAAUUAGGCACAUUUUUCGACUUUAGCAAUUUUUGGUUAAGAUUAAGUAAUUCCUCGGCGACGGCGUCCCGAUUAUGUAAUCUGGUAUCUCAGUACCCACUAAUGGAAAUAGAUUGAAACUUGUCCAUUGUGAAAAACAUGUUUUAUUCAGGUCCCAUAACUCUGUUUUGCCUUUUUUACAAAUUCUUGCCCCUUUUUCGCUUUUAUUUCCAUUCAUUUGAUAGGUUGUUGAAUUGUCGAACAUUGCUGUCCUCUGCCAGCUAAUAUGGUAAAGCGUCUGGGUUUAACUUUGAUUAAGAAAUAAUUUAAAGCAAAAGAGUGCUUUCAGUGAACACUAUUUAUGCACGAUUGGUGGUUAAACGUCGGGCGUAAUAAUUUCACGAGAGCGUAGCCCAAUUAAAAUUAUUUGUACGACGUAUUACCACCCGAUUGUAUAAAUAGUGUUAAAACACGGAUUUGCUAUUUUUUUUCGAUUCUAAUAUGCCGUUAAUCUAAACCAGUAGAUAAAAUAAAGAAGCUCUCAUUCUUGGUCGCAACAAAAACUUUGACGUCACCGCACAUUAAUGUGACGUCAUUCUAGCGUUAGAGAGUUUUAACAGACAAGCAUAUUAGAAUGAUAUGGAAAUAAUGUAUUGUUUUGAAUAAAAUAAGAUUUAUGUGAGUUAGCAUAAAAUGUACCGAGUGUCUCCUAUGAUUCGAUAUAUGAGUGGCAAUGUACUUUAUAAUGUGCUCUUUAUAUUUUUAUGCCCCUCUUCGAAAAAGGAGAGCAUAUUGUUUUGCAGAUGUCGGUCGGUCGGUCUGUCGGUAUGUAGACCAAUUGGUUUCCGGAUGAUAACUCAGGAACGCUUUAGCCUAGUUUCAUGAAAGUUUAUAGGGAGGUUGGUCAUGGCCAGCAAAUGACCCCUAUUGAUUUUGAGGUCAGUCGGUCAAAGGUCAAGGUAACAAUGACCUGGAACAAUUAAACGGUUUCCGGAUGAAAACACAAUAACGCUUGGGCCUAGGAUCAUGGAAGUUGAUAAGGAGAUUGAUCGUGUC